GGGUUUCAAAAAGGGUUUUUUCGAAGCCGGUGAUGGAGAGAGUGCUUCGAGUGAUUGUGGAAAUAGUUUAGCAUUCAAUAGAUUUAAGAGAGAAAAUGAAAAUGUGGUGUCCACAACUGGAGAAUUUUACCAAAGGAAUUAUUUAGAAGAUGGUACGAGUUCGGACUCAAAAUCUGACGAAGAAAGGAAAAAGAGACCUAGAACGGCUUUUACUGCCUCUCAAAUAAAAUCUCUGGAAGCGGAAUUUGAAAGGAACAAAUAUUUGUCGGUAGCUAAGAGAUGCCAGCUAUCUAAAACGUUGAAAUUAACAGAAACGCAAAUAAAAAUAUGGUUUCAAAAUAGAAGGACAAAAUGGAAGAGGAAAUAUACAAACGACAUAGAGAUUCUAGCGCAGCAAUAUUACAACUCGAUGGGCAUUAUGACGCCGAGACCAAUAUUUUUAGGCGACAGAUUAUGGUUCUUUAACAGUCCAGGACAACCAGGAUUUUCAAAUUCUCACCCGGCUUUGCCACCGAACUUACUUCCUAUUCCUCCUGGACCUAACGUACCGCUUCAAACCCAUUCUCAGAGGCAAUACGUGAGAAAUUACAUGAAUUUCCCAUCGCAGGAGCCGCCUCCG